UGUACUUUCAGACAUUUCUCAGCUUCUUCAUCUUCAUCUUCUCUCUUGUGUGUGAAUACCCAAAAAAUGGGAAGACCACCAUGUUGUGACAAAUCCAAUGUCAAGAAAGGUCUUUGGACCGAGGAAGAAGACGCUAAGAUCCUUGCUUAUGUUGCUAUCCACGGUGUAGGGAACUGGAGCUUGAUCCCCAAAAAAGCAGGACUGAAUCGAUGUGGGAAGAGCUGUAGACUGAGAUGGACUAAUUACCUAAGACCUGACCUUAAACAUGACAGCUUCUCUCCUCAAGAAGAAGAGCUUAUUAUUCAGUGUCACAGAAUCAUUGGCAGCAGGUGGUCUACUAUUGCACGAAAGCUUCCGGGAAGAACUGAUAACGAUGUGAAGAACCAUUGGAACACGAAGCUGAAGAAGAAGCUGAUGAAAAUGGGGAUAGAUCCGGUGACUCAUAAACCGGUGUCUCAGGUCCUUUCAGAAUUCAGAAAUAUUAGUGGCCAUGGAAAUGCAUCCUUCAAAACAGAACCAUCUAACAACUCUGUACUCACACAAACCAACUCAGCCUGGGAAAUGAUGAGGAACACAACUAUGAGCCAUGAGACUUAUUUCAACAACUCUCCUAUGAUCUUUACGAAUCCCGGUUCAUCUGAAAUCCAAACUACUCCAUUCCAUUUCUCUAACCACUCAAAUCAUUUGCUUAAUGGAACCACAUCUUCAUGUUCUUCCUCAUCAUCUUCUGCUAGUAUCACUCAGCCAAACCAAGGAACUCAAGCACCGGUUACUAACUUCUGCUGGGACGAUUUCCUUCUCUCGGAUCCAGUCUUACCUCAGAGUUCUCAGAAACAAGUAGUGGGAUCCUCAGCUACUAGCAACCUCACGUUUGCACAAAACGAGCAUCAUUUCAACCGCCAAGCCGAAUGCAGCUCGCAGAAGAUCGUUUCGGACCCCUCUCGUUCCGCGAGUUCAUUUGUGGAUGAAAUAUUGGAUAAAGACCAAGAAAUGCUGUCACAGUUUCCUCAACUCUUGAAUGAUUUCGAUUAUUAGUUACAUCCUUCUUUCCAUUGUUGUUGCUUCUCU